AUGCCAGACCUCACCUUGCAAGAGAUUGAGGAGAAGGUGAUGGCGGCGAAGCCCUGGAAAGCGCCUGGUGAGGAUGGCCUUCCUGCGAUCGUGUGGAAGAAGCUCUGGCACGUGGUCAAGCACCGGAUCAUUCCCCCGAGGAAACCAGAUAAAGGGGAUUACACCUUGGCCAAGGCGUGGCGACCGAUUUCUCUCUUGUCAACGCUUGGCAAAAUCCUGGAAGCAGUCGUUGCGGAACGUAUCAGCUCUGCAGUAGAGGCUCAAGGGCUUUUGCCCGCGAACCACUUUGGUGCACGGAAGCGCAGGUCCGCAGAUCAAGCACUUGUGCUUCUGCAGGAGCGGAUCUACAAGGCCUGGAGAACGGGCAGAGUGCUCAGCCUCAUCAGCUUUGACGUCAAAGGCGCAUACAACGGAGUGUGCAAAGAGCGAAUGCUCGAAAGGAUGAAAGCCCGAGGCAUCCCGAGUCACCUGGUGCAAAGACGGAUCAGUAACAAUGGCGGCUCCAUCGCCUUCGUGGACGAUUACUCUGCCUGGGUCACGGGGCCAACGGCAGAGUCAAACAGAGAUGAGAAGACAUCCGUCAUCCACUUCACACGCAUCGCGGAGCGCGACAGCGACCUGCCUCUCAUCGUCAAAGGAAACGAUGUCAAGCCGAAGAGCAACGUGAAGCUGUUGGGAGUCAUCAUGGACAAAGCGCUUCGCUUCAAAGAGCACAUCGCCAGAGCAGCCGCCAAGGGGCUGGCCGCGGCCAUGUGCUUGAAACGACUGAAGAUGGCCUCGCCACGGAUGGCGAGGCAACUGGCCCAGCGAAUCGGAGCCCAGGCUGUCACGGGAGGCUUUCGCACAGUGGCAACGGCAGUGGCCGAGGCCGAGGCCGGCGUGCAAUCGUUCCGAGAACGGCAUGCUCAAGCGGCAGCGAAAUUCUGGAUAAGGAUGCGGACGCUCCCGAAGACGCAUCCUCUGACAUCGUUGAGGCUCAAGCUGAACAGGAGGUAUGCGUCGCCAAUGCAGAAGCUCGCCUCGGCGAUGGGAAGACUAGAUACCAAACGCCUGGAAGUCAUCCAUGAGUUCGCACUGGCGCCGUGGGACGAACGAGUGCAGGCAACGUACGAGGCAGAACGAGCGGAGGUGCUGAAGUCGGAUGACCCGGAGGACAUCACUAUCGCGACGUCCAGCUCGCAAAGGAAAGGCAAGGUCGGGUUGGGAGGCGUCGUUCGGGAUGCUUCCCGUGACAACGCAGACGAGGUGCUGGCAAGCUACUCCGUCACCCUUGGCUCCAGUGAUGAGCAGAAUGUCUACACAGCAGGACUCGAGGCAAUCGCCAUGGCCCUGAGCAACCGCGCUGUCCUGCAAGUCAUCGGGCGACCGCGGCAGCAGUCUGGCAAGAGCAACGACGUUACGACUGCUGCUCAACGAACACACUCGCGUUAG